CACAUCAUGACAUAUUUAAGGAGCUCAAUUCCCUCGCUGAUCUCUUUCGAUUAUUCAACAUCCCAGAUCAAUUUGACCAACAACUUCCUCAAGACACUUCCAAUUCCUCACUGCCUUCUUCACUAUGCGUUGGGCGAUCUACCAGACGCUGGCUCUGGCCCUACUGAGUCAAGCUCUAAUCAUUCCGAGCGACAUCACCGCAGAUGGCGUUUACCAGGUGGUUACCAGGGAUGAUGGGUCUGAAGUGCACACAAGAAUGACCGACGUCCCUGGCCUCAGUAACAUCACUCUGACACAAAACUCUGCUCUGGAUGUCGCCGCACAGAGCUCUUCACAAGAAGACGACAAGGUCUUGAACGGCCGCAGCAAUGGCCAAAACUGGUGUGGCUGUGGCUACAACAUGAACACGGGUGACUGCGAUGCUGCGGUUGCAGAUCUGAAACAUCAAUUCGGCUCAAUCAACAAAGUCGGACCCUACCUUUCGUUUUACUCUAUUCGAGGAGGUGUGGUGGCCUUCGUGUGCAACACCUAUUCAGGAUCAUACUUCUAUACCAGUGGCGAUACUCUCGGACGAGAAUUUGCGGCCAUUACAAAUGCUUGCGGCCGCUACAUUGCUGGAUCCAGAGAUAUGGGCACAUCCGCGCCGACGAUCGUUGGUUACAUGCGUUACCGAAAUGGUCUCGAUUUCUGCAGAGAUAGCACGUCGUCUCCUUCCAACCAUUGCUAGGCUCUGGGCACUCCAGGAAUGACUGUCGAUCUGACCGACACGUUCAGAAUCUGGGGGAAAACCAGUCCUUGACGCCAAACUUUAGGAUGUGGUAGCCUUCAGGCCGGAAAUUAUUCGAUUCUCGGGUUUUUUACGUGCGAUGCUAUGGACUUCAGCUAGACUCGCUUUAUUAAUUCCCUUUCUGCAUGAAAAAGGCCGUCAGGCUCUCGCUUGAUUCACAGGGUGAUUUACAUCUUUCUAAAUCCCGUUGAAAGUAGCGCUUCAAUCCCGCACAGACUCUCUGACCUUCGCGAUAUUAGCGUGGCCGGAUUCGCGGCAGCUGUGAGAUUUUAGACCGACAAUUGUUUGCUCCAAUUCUUUCAUGGUAAUCAAACCUGCCGUUUUGAAAGCCAAAGCUCCAGACGCGAAGGACAUGUGCAUCAAAGUCUCA